UUCUAGUUUGUUUCUUUCUUGCAACAUAUAAAGACCACCCAAAAAUAAGCAGUGUUGGCCACAAAAACAUCAAAGAUUGAUCUUAGUUAUACAUGUUUUCAAUUGCACGUUUGAAAAACUGGAUGUCUAGAGAUAAAGGUGAAUCAGUUAAUGUUGAAAAACUACAUGUGGCCGUUUUGGCAUUCCCAUUUGGAACACAUGCAGGUCCACUCCUUAACCUUGCUAGAAGGAUUGCUGUAGAUGCUCAUAAAGUUACAUUUUCAUUCUUGUGCACAAGCAGAACAAAUGCCGCUUUAUUUUCUGGAUCAAAAGACUAUGAUGAGUUUCUUCCUAACAUAAAGCAUUAUGAUGUUCAUGAUGGAUUACCAGAAGGUUAUGUGCCUUCAGGACACCCACUUGAACCCAUUUUCAUCUUCAUUAAGGCAAUGCCAGAUAACUAUAAGAGUGUUAUGGUUAAAGCUGUGGCAGAGACAGGGAAGAACAUUACUUGUUUAGUUACUGAUGCAUUUUAUUGGUUUGGUGCGGACCUAGCUAAGGAAAUGCAUGCCAAAUGGGUUCCUCUUUGGACUGCAGGGCCUCACUCUCUCCUUACACAUGUUUUCACAGAUCUUAUCAGAGAAAAGAUAGGCUCUAAGGAAGUCGAUGAUACCAAAACUGUUGAUUUCCUUCCUGGUUUUCCUGAGCUUCAUGUUUCUGAUUUUCCUGAAGGAGUGAUAGGUGAUAUAGAUGGACCAUUUUCAACAAUGUUACACAAAAUGGGACUAGAGUUACCACGAGCAACUGCAGUUGCCAUAAACUCAUUUUCUACGGUACACCCUCUUAUUGAGAAUGAGUUAAAUUCCCAGUUCAAAUUGCUACUAAAUGUUGGUCCAUUCAUCUUGACAACACCGCAACGUAUGGUUUCUGAUGAACAUGGAUGUUUAGCAUGGUUGAACCAAUGUGAGAAAUUCUCAGUUGUGUAUAUUAGCUUCGGAAGUCGGAUAGUACCACCACCUCAUGAGCUCAAUGCAUUGGCUGAGUGUUUAGAAGAAUGUGGAUGUCCAUUUAUUUGGGUGUUUAAGGGUAAUCCAGAGGAAACAUUGCCAAAUGGAUUUACGGAAAGAACGAAAACAAAAGGAAAAUUUGUUGCAUGGGCUCCUCAAAUGGAAAUCCUUAAACACUCAGCUGUUGGUAUGUGUUUGACACAUUCUGGUUGGAACUCAGUGUUGGAUUGCAUUGUUGGUGGUGUACCAAUGGUUAGUAGACCAUUUUUUGGAGAUCAAAGGUUGAAUGCAAGAAUGUUAGAAAGCAUUUGGGGGAUUGGUGUGGGUGUUGACAAUGGAGUUUUGACUAAAGAAUCAACUAUGAAAGCUUUGAAUUUGAUAAUGUCAACUGAAGAAGGGAAGAUAAUGCGUGAGAAAAUACUGAAACUCAAGGAAUCUGCAUUGAAAGCUGUUGAACGAAAUGGCACCUCUGCAAAUAAUUUCGAUACUUUGAUAAAGAUUGUCACUAGUUAAAGAGUUUUUAAGUUUUUUAUAAUUAGCAACUUAUCUUGUAUACUUAUACAUUUUUCAUUGAUUCUAUUAGGUCAAUAUAGUUUGAGAUGUCAUAGCUAUCACUUGUUGUUUUAAAAAAAAAAAAAAUGUAAACUAUUG